AUGGAGAGUGCGUGUGUGUCGGCCCUCAACCCGCUCCAAACGGCAUGCCCGCUGGAAAGGGUAUGGCUCGCGUCUUCCAACACAUGUAUCGACCUCCUUACUACGGUCGUUGAGCGAAUUAGUCCCGUGCUCGCCGCUGAUAAUAGCAUUUCAUGCAUGAGGUCGAGAGUAUGUAUCUUGUAUUGCAUUCAUCAAUUUCCCGCAAUCGUGUGCAGUUCAGAAAGCAUGCUGUGCAUUGAUUCUCGUCGUGCGUUCGAUCACACAGCAGAUGCCGAGAUUGAGUACGGCAUGAGUGCUCCGUGUUCCCACAAAGCUUUGAACGCGUGUCGGAAUGCCAAGAUUCCGCCGUUCGGGAAAUCCUCGCACGCAGCUAUCCUUCCUGUAGCAACGCACGGUGCAAUUGAACGUCUUCAUGAUGAUCACCGCCAAGAACACUUUGCGGCCCAUGGCAGCCUGCUCGCUCGAAUUGCCUCAAUCUCGGCGGCGGCGGCGUCGCGGAGGAGGAAAAAGAAGCUUAUGGGGGAACGUUGCGCCCGGCCCAGUUCAUCCGCUAGUGGCUUGUCCAUCUGCUUUUGCCGCUCACAUCGAGAUCGCGCUCUGACCUCACACAUCUUUCUAAGUUCUAAAGAUGAUCCAGGCUAACCAGCACCUACGUCAUGUAAAUCAAAUCCUGAGAGAAUAAAUCAUGAAAGGAUAUCAUCACACCGGCUUUUGCGGGGAAACACAUUUCUCCCUACGAGACAUCCAAACGGGCAAUAUCACCUGGGCAAUCAAAUCAAAUGAAUACGAACUACACCCAAAUACAACAGUUGCCUCCACAUGGCUUGAAAGAUGCCGUGCACGCACAAUGUCGGGCGAAACUUCGUUGGAUCGUGGUCAGCGAACAGGGCAAUAACAUAUCCAGCAAAAAGUAAAUCCACCCCGUAUUCGUUUACCCAUCGACAGACACUAGUA